AUGUUGAGUUUCAGGCUUUCUCUGGAGCCAACUAUCGCCAAACAACAGUGGAAUAGUAUAGUUGAAGGUACUCAUGAAUUGUGGAACCCCAUAAGUUCAAGCACAAAAGAGAUUUUUAGAAGCUUUUUUGUCCAUGUCCAUGUUGAGUUGUUGAAAAGAUCGAGGAUACAUCAGUCUACCAAACGUCAAUUCCGUUAUGAGCUAGCUAAUGUGGGGAAUUUGUUUCUCACUGGUGCAAGGCUAUUUAUUGGAUCGUUGGAUUCUGCAAUUGAACUAUUUUGCAAGUUGACAGAUGUCGAUUCAGAUGUACAGGUUCUUCCAUGCAUAAACACUAAUUUCACCUAUCACAUAAGCGCGCUAUUGGAGAGUGGCUUAAUCAUCACCGGCCAGUCACAGAUUUCGCAUCCGUCCAAUACAUGCAACAAUUAUCCACCUCCCAUUAACAAAACACGACCACCAACACCUACCGAUAAUCCUUCUCGUACUAGUUAUUUUGGCGAUUUGGAGUAUGCAAUAAACGAUGUUGAGACCAGCAAACAUAGAAUCAAGCAAAGGUACAGUCUUGCAGCUUUUUCUUCUUCUUCUGCGGCAGAAGAGUCUGGCGCUGGUUUGCUUUCAUCAGAUUCCGAAGGUGAAGAGUCGGGAAACGUACCGCAAUACGUUCAUCCUGAAUUAAAAAAGUCUCAGCUUCAUUUUAGUAAGCUGCAAAAUAUUGAACCCUUGCUAUCACCAAUUAAAAGAAUCUUUUAUGUGUCGCCUUAUGGCGAAGAGAUUUGCCCGACUGCUAAUUCUAGAGUGUUGGCAACUAUUUCAAGUACAGACACUCUUAUUUAUUCCAUAGGAUCUUUAAUGACGAGCAUUGUUCCCAUUCUUGUUCUCAAAGGAGUGGGGAAAGCGAUAACGACGUUGAAUCGCACGAACAAGAUUUUGUUGUUGAAUGGUUGUCUUGAUAGAGAAACGUAUGGUAUGACUGCAGGAGAUUUUAUCAAAGUGAUUGUUGAAGCGGUGGAGUACUCCUUGCGUAGUCAAAAUGGUGGCAACAACAGCUAUCGAAUACCAUGGUGUCAAGUCGUUACUCAUUUGGUCUACAUGUCCGAGUCCAAAAUAGAAAUAGAUCACGAGUUAUUGACCUCAAGGGGUAUUCAGUGUUUGGAAGUGAAAAAAAUAGAAGGGACAGAUUUCUUUGAUUUGGAAGAUUUGGAAUUUGUUUUAAGUAGAAUUGUUAAUACGUAG